AGUGUUUAGGUGGUCAUGUCUGGACGCGGGAAGCAGGGCGGUAAGGCUCGCGCCAAGGCCAAGACGCGCUCGUCGCGGGCCGGGCUGCAGUUCCCGGUGGGCCGCGUGCACCGCCUGCUCCGCAAGGGCAACUACGCCGAGCGGGUGGGGGCCGGCGCGCCGGUGUACCUGGCGGCCGUGCUGGAGUACCUGACGGCCGAGAUCCUGGAGCUGGCGGGCAACGCGGCCCGCGACAACAAGAAGACGCGCAUCAUCCCGCGCCACCUGCAGCUGGCCAUCCGCAACGACGAGGAGCUCAACAAGCUGCUGGGCCGCGUCACCAUCGCGCAGGGCGGCGUCCUGCCCAACAUCCAGGCCGUGCUGCUGCCCAAGAAGACCGAGAGCCACCACAAGGCCAAGGGGAAAUAGAAUCCUGGAUUAACUUGCUACAACGCCUCUCCCGCAUGAACCAAAGGCUCUUUUAAGAGCCACCUA